UAGCGACGCUUGUUGGGGAGUUUAGACAAGCGGAGGGAGCAAAAUGGCGGACGAAGAUAUUACGCUUGAUGGAAAACCUCUACAAUCGCUCCGAGUCGCGGAUUUAAAAGCCGCCCUGGAGCAAAGAAACCUCCCAAAGAGCGGGCAGAAAAACACACUCAUUAAACGACUGAAAGGGGCUCUGAUGCUGGAAAAUCUUCAGAAGUCGUCUUCCUCUCACAGCGGGUUGCAGCCCAACUCACAGAUAGGUGAGGAGAUGAGCCAGAAUAGCUUCAUAAAGCAGUACCUGGCCAAGCAGCAGGAGCUCCUCCGUCAGAGGCUGGAGAGAGAAGCCCAGCAAGAUGAAGAGGCAGAUGAGAGCCCAGCAGUGCCGGAGGAGGAUGACGACCACUCAGAGGACAACGACAGCUCUUCCUAUGUCUCUGACAAGCAUCGCUCCAUACCCACCCAGCCCUCAAUGACCAGGGCAGAGGAGAAAGGAGGGCAUUCAGUUGUGGGUCACGGGUUGAUGGCAUGCGGCCCUGAUAUGGGCCCCGGUCCCACCCUGCACCCGCAGGAGUCCCUUGAGGCUCCAGCAGCUAGAGUGCAGCGAGCCACCUUUCAUCAGGGACACAAGGAGCCACCAGCUCCCUCUCCUCCGCGCGCUGUAGCCUCUCUGUCAGUGCGCGUCCUGGGCCAGCCCGACCGCCAGGGGCUGCCCCCCGCUGUGUCCCGAGCCCAGGAGAAAGAGGGCACCGCACCGAGCGAACCGGGGUCAGCUCAUCCUGUCCUACACCUUAGCCGAUCUGCCGGGGUCUCAGCGGGAAGACACGACCACGAGGACAACGAUGAAGAUGACAGCAGCGAUGAUGAAAGCGAGGAUGACGAGGACUGGGGGCCCGGUCCUGGUGGAGCACGUAGGGGCAACAGAGCCCCUCCGCAGCCGCAGCAGAUGCCCCCCAGUGUCCCAUCAACAGUGGCAAGAUCCAAACGCAAGCUUCAGCCUCCGCAGCACAUCCCACCACCACAGGCUCAACACACGCCAAUGCAACUGCGCCACCCUACUCCUCCUCCCUCUCCACCCCCUGACCUAUUCCCACUUCCAGAUACUCCCAAGCAGAGUCCACCGGACCCGGACGACCAGGAGGGAGAAGGCCCUGGGGCUGCUCGGGGUCCAAGGGCUGCGGCUUUCCCACCUUCCACCAUGCAGAGGCAAGACUCUGACUCAAGCUCUCGUUCCAGCAGUCCUGAGCCCCUCAUGAAGCGCAGGCCAGGGCCCCUCUCUCUGCUUGUACACAAGAUGGAGUCAGAGGGGGCUUUCCGUGCGGUGGAGGCCGCCUCAGCUGCAGAUGUGUCGGGAGAGAAGGCACGCUCCGCUGCUGCUGCGUCUGCCAGUUCCAGCGAAUCUCCGCUGCAAAAACUGGAGAAAAAGAGGCAACAGGAGAACAGAGAGGUGGAGGAAGAGCAGCGACUGAAGGAAGAAAAGGAGAGAGAGCAACACCAGGAGCAGGAGAAAGAAAGAAGGAAGAUACAGGAACAGGAGAGGGAGAAGAAACGUCUGGAAGAAGAGAAGGAAAAGGAGAGGAAACGACUGGAAGAAGAGGAGAAACUGCGUCAGAAAGAAGAGCGAGAAAAAGAGAGAAAACGUCAGGAAGAGGAAAAAGAAAAGGAGAGAAAACGCCAGGAUGAGGAGAAGAGAAAAGAGGAGAAACUGCAGAAGGAGAAGUACAAGAGAGAGGAGAUAGCCAGCAAAGGCAGGGCGUCUGUCACUGAGCCGCAAGAUUCAGGUUCCUCAUCAGAUUCUGACUCCAAAUCAGACUCCUCUUCACACUCGCCACAAUCCUCCUCUUCCUCUGGGGAUAAAACCCGUCCUGCCAGGCAGCUGAAGGUCAGUUAUCAAACCCGAUGUGGGUGUCAGUCAUUAUACAGCAGUGAUAGAGAUCUACCGGGAAAAACCACCAGCGACUGCGGGUUAUCUUUCAUCCCCGGGGGUUCCCUCUCAAGGCCGGCCAUAAUGCUGUCCGAAGGCAACAAAAACGGGGAGGUGUCGGAGCCCAGCACUGCCGCCGUGACCGAGGUGGAACCAGACACAGAGAGCUCCAUGGCCCAGCAGCCACCCUCUGGGGCUGAGCCAGAGAACAGCGAGGGCCGUCUGGAGGAGAGCACCACUCCUAAGGCUUUUGCUGCUCGCAAGAUAUCCCUGACGAGUAGUAAGAUGUCCCCAGCCACCACAGAUGGAGGUGUAGGAGAGGCUGAGACAGGAACUGCAGCAGGGAGGAAGAGGCGGUGGGGCUCCAGCACAUCAGUCACUGCCAAGAAACCGUCCAUCAGUAUCACCACUGACUCACUGAAGUCUUUGAUCCCAGACAUCAAAGUGAACCAGGAGGCAGUGGUGGAGCUGCACCCAGAGGAGCUGCAACUCUCCGGGGACGAGGAGAGCCUGGACGCCAGCCGGGGUGACCAGGACAAAGGCCUCAAGAUCAGACGCACCGUCACACAGGUCGUCCCGGGUGACAGCCAGGAAAAUGGACAGACAAAUGAAGAGGAAGAGGUGGAGAAAACUGAGAAAGAAAAACAACGCAGGACUUCCAGAGACAAAAGGAAGAACAGUGUUUCAGAGGACGCCUCGGAAACACAGACAUCUGUCAAGCUCGAAGGAGAGGCGAAGAAAGUUACCCCCAGUGACAGUCUUGUGCGUCGCUCCAUCAGUCAGCAGAAGUCUGGCGUGUCCGUCACCAUUGAUGACCCCGUCCGCACGAACAGACAGCCCUCACCGCCUCACGGCAAAGUCUCAAACAUCAUUCAUGUGACCAAUCUGGUACGACCCUUCACCCUGGGCCAACUCAAAGAGCUGCUGAACAGGACGGGCAGCGUGGUGGAAGACGGCUUCUGGAUCGACAAGAUCAAGUCUCACUGCUUUGUCACAUACGCCACGGCAGAGGAGGCUGUCGCCACCAGAGCUGCCCUCCACGGGGUCAAAUGGCCUCCGAGCAACCCAAAGGUCCUCAGCGUCGACUUCUGCGAGCAGACUGUGCUGGACUUCCACAAAGGCAUCCUGAAGCCACAAAAGGAGGAAGAACAUGUCGCCCAGCCAGUUGCUCCUCAGACCCGGCUGCCCCCUCUGAUGCCCGAACGAGACCGGGAAAGAGAGAGAGACCGCGAAGGGGGGCGCGACCGAGACCGCGAACGCGACCGAGGCGUCGCAGGAGUGCGGGACCUGUGGGCGGAGCGGGAGAGAGAGAUGCAGCGCCGCGAACGAGCCCGCGGCGAGCGGGAAUGGGACCGGGAUAAGGUCCGUGAAUUUGCAAGACCGGGAGAGGAAGAGGAGCAACGAUCUCGAUCCAGAGACAGAGAGCGCAGGAGGAGAGAGAGGGCGAAGAGCAAGGAGAGGAAGACUGAUAAGAAGGAGAAAGGAGACGAGCCUCCUGCCAAACUGUUAGACGACUUGUUCCUGAAGACCAAAGCCGCUCCCUGUAUAUACUGGCUGCCCCUCACUGAGGAGCAGGCGGCGCAGAGGGUUUUGGACCGCACAGAGCGUCAAAAAGAGCGCGAACGAAGGCGCAAGGAGCAGCAAGAGGAGGAGGAAAAGAAGCGCGAGGAGGAGAAGAAAGAGCGGCUGAAGGGUCGGGAGAAGGACGUCAGCGUGGCGGCGAGCGCCGGAGCAUCCGCGAGAGGAACCGACGGAGACAGAGAGCGGGACCGCGGCCGAGACAGAGAGGCGGACAAGAAGAGGGACAGCGGCCACCGGCCCAGACGACCCUCGGCAGGCGUCGUCGGUGGACGUCGCUCUCGCAGCCGUAGCAACCCUAGGGACAGACGCCGCUGAGGGCUGAGUGGCUGCAGGGAAAGCUGUAGAGAGAGAGAUAGAGAGAGGGGUGGGGAGGGGGGCGUGGCUUAGCAGAGGACACUGCAGACAGGAAGUCUUGGGAGGGAGUGUUUCCACUUUUGGAGAUACAUUUCUCUUUCCUCGAGGACUUGUCUGCUCCUCGCUGUCUGCCCCACCGUGCUUUAAUUCGUCCACUCUGACGCCAGCGUUGUCUUCCACACACUUCUGCUAUUUCCCCCUCCCCUCCUCCCUCCUCCUCUCACCUCGUCCGUGUCAGUUUAGACAGAAAAUGAUGAUUACACGUUUUGUUAAACAUGUAAUGACGUUUUGUUAAAAUGACGGUUCAUCCAGC